AUCAUUAGAGAACUGCUGGAUAAACCAAGAGAAAUUCAGGCGAGAGGUGGCACAACCAAAUCGGCAAAGAUAAACUUGGCCUCCACCGACUCCAGUCAAGAGGCCAGUUGGGAACUAAGCAGAUUAGUGGAAGUAUUGGACAAUGUCCACCAAUCCAAUACUGACAGCCCUUUCGCGACACCAGAAGAAAUAUCAGUACUGCAAAAAAGAAGCUUCUGGAGACCUAAGCAGCAAAGAGACUUGCUAAAUAACCAGAAUUGGCACACAGAGUGUAUAAUUGAGGGGGGCCAACAACUCGAGAAUGAUAUUAUAAGAAAAUCUAUAAUACAGACUGAGACAAACAUUUCGAGAAAUGGGAAUGCAUUUCAAACCUAUCAGAUCCCAGUGACUGAAUCAAUACAAACGAGAAGUGAGGAAAAGGAGUGCUGUAGCAAGAUUGCCUACCAAAAGACGACUGACUCCCGAAUAAGCAACAACUCGACAUUGAAUGAUGAACGACAGGAGUACCAUCAUUAUCAUCUUUACCAUCACCAUCAUCACCAUCAUCACCAUCAUGACCCGACACCCCUUAUAACUAGGUGA